UGUCCUAGUAACGGCGCGCAGACUGGUGCGCUCUGACGUCAUCGCGCAGUACGGCCUCCCUCACGCCGCUGAGACACCGCCUCUAACCGGCUUUUUGUUCUAGAAGCUUCAGGGUCCGCGCUGUCAGGGGGGGUCUGUCACCAUCCGCACGCAUCCUCCACCCAGCCGUCCUUAUCCGUAGCGGAACGGUGACUGCAUCCACCAGCGGGGUCACAGCGAGCCAGGGGGACCAACAUGCCCGACGUUUCCGCUCCAAAACCCAUGGCAGCGGCCAAGGCCGGGGGUAACGGCGCCGGCAAGAGGAAGGGUGCUUACCAGGAUAAAGACAAGCCGGCCCAGAUCCGCUACAGCAACAUCUCGGCUGGAAAGGGUAAGGACUAGGCCAAGCUCAGCCCCUGUAUGGGCAUUAGGACUACAACUCCCAGCAUCCAUCACGGGUAACUGUCAGUGAGUCUGUACCUUAUGGCGUUAUAAACUCCUUAUUAUCUUCCAUGUCACCUGACCCCCUGGGUAAUGCUGCCUGAGCAUCAUGGGAAAUGGAGUGUUUGUGAUCACUUAGGGCAGUGACUGCCUGAGCAUCAUGGGACAUGGAGUGCUUGUGAUCACUUAGGGCAGUGGCUGCCUGAGCAUCAUGGGACAUGGAGUGCUUGUGAUCACUUAGGGCAGUGGCUGCCUGAGCAUCAUGGGACAUGGAGUGCUUGUGAUCACUUAGGGCAGUGGCUGCCUGAGCAUCAUGGGAAAUAGAGUGCUUGUGAUCACUUAGGGCAGUGGCUGCCUGAGCAUCAUGGGAAAUGGAGUGCUUGUGAUCACUUAGGGCAGUGGCUGCCUGAGCAUCAUGGGAAAUGGAGUGUUUGUGAUCACUUAGGGCAGUGACUGCCUGAGCAUCAUGGGAAGUGUAGUGCUGGAUUGUUUGGGAUUACUAACUGAUUGGGCCAUUGGAAAUGAACUGAUAGGAUGUCUGAGAUUAUUCAGGGCAGGGGCUGCCUGAUCAUGAUAGGAAAUAUAUUGUUUGAGUGUGCAUACUAAUUCAGUGGUCUGAUCUGUCUGACUUAUUCUGGGCAUCAUGGGAAAUGUAGUGCUGUACUGCCCUGUGUAUCGUACUCCCAGAGUACCAUGGGAUAUGUAGUACAUGUUUGUUGGACUGCCAGGCUGCAGGUGUGAGACAUGCUGUGAUUUGCUACCUGGAUCUCUGCAAUCCAGAUUUGGCAUUUACUCUGUCACCAGGAAUCCUGUUUGGUUGUUGGUCCACUGUUACAUUUUAUGGGAAGUAACAAAGAGGCCUGUGGGGUGUGUGUUCAGUUUUUCUUUUCGAGGUUUACUAAAAGUGGUUUUGAUUAGCCAUUUUGUUUGAAUCUGCCUGUCAUUGUUGUGGCUUAUUUUAUAUUCAUGUGCCGUUUUGGUGUCUGUGUUUUUACGAUGAUUUGGAUGUUGAGAUAGAUAGAUAUAAAUUCAAAAGAUGAAUAUAUAUAUUUAUUCAUCUUUUGAAUUUAUAUUCAUAGGGAAGGCUAAAGUAACCAAUGACAAGACUACUUGGAACUGCAUUUAAAUAGCCUGUUUGAAGCCAGUUACUAGCAUUAGAGGGAGUGGCAUGGUCCAUGCUGCUUUAUCCUUAGCUGUACCCUAUCCAUGUAUGGGCAACUAGACAGGCCAAGAAGCCUGUCACAUCUUACUUUUUCGUUCCCACUUGGUAGCUAUAGAUUGUGAUAUUCUCUAAGAGUGUGUUUGGAGCAAUGUCCUCAUCAGCCUGUUUCUGUAAUUGUCUCAUUUAUUGUUAAAUUCCCCGCUUUUAUAAUGUAAAGUGCUGCGGAAUAUGUUGGCGCUAUAUAUAUUUACAUAUUGUAUGCAAGGAACGUAUGUGUUCUUUAGUUUUCUUACGUCCCCUACACUAUCACACAAGUGACCGUUCCACUUAUUGCUUCCUGUGACUCUGAUACAGUGGAACCACGGAACUCGAACUUAAUCCGUUCCAGAAAGCUGUUCGAGUUCCGAUUUCUAUGAGAACCAAAUCAACAUUUCCCAUAAGAAUUGAAGGAUCACUAAAGUGUCAGGAAAACAAAGCCAUUUUCCUGACACUAUAGUGCACCCUUAGGGUCCUCUCCUCCCUCGCCGACGUCCACUCCCCCGUCUGACAUCUGCGGAGCCGAAAGUGCAUGCUCAGCAAGUGCCGCGUGCAUAUUCAAAGUGUCCUUAGGAAAGCAUUUUUCAAUGCUUUCCUAUGGACACUCUGCGCGAUGGAGGCAUAAUAUGCCUCCAGCGUCGCAGAUGCGCUUCUAGUGGCUGUCCAGAAGACAGCCACUAGAGGCUGGCUUAACCCCAAAUGUAAACAUAGCAGAUUCUCUGAAACUGCUAUGUUUGCAUCUGAAGGGUUAAAACCUGAGGGACCUGGCAUCCAGACCACUUCAUUGAGCUGAAGUGGUCUGGGUUACUAUAGUGGCCCAUUAAUGUAAAAUUGAUUGAUCCGUUCCAGACCCCCAAAAUUACAGCAUUUUACAUUUAUGUGUAUGCUUUAAAAAUAAUUCUCAAAUUAUAUUACGUGCAACCUUCUUCUUGUGCUCCCCCUUGAUGGAAGGAGUGGGGACCCUCAGAGUCACAGUCAGUACAGCUCCCCUCGGUUUUGGGGUCCCCCUCAGACAGGGUCUCUGAGCCUGAAGAGGAAGGUUAUCAGGAUGAUGAAGCGGAGGAGAUACCUGGGUCCAUGUCCUGGGAAAAUUUGUGUUCCAUAGAGAACUCACUAUCCACUAGCCGCCAAGCACACUCAGGCGAUCCCAGUGAGAGCAGAGUAUGCAUUCAUGGGCUCCCAGCUAGUCAACUCCCACCCGGUGAGAUUGGGUGGAUGUGGUGACAGCUGGUUGGAGGGGGUCACACGUUCCCGGUGAGUGGCUCUUUGAUGUUCGGGUACUGAAGAUCAUUCGCAUACUGAUACUUUUGUUUACUCAAAAUUUGUGUUAGACUUCCGAAUAGUUCGAAAACGGGACCGUUCGAGUUACUAGGUUCCACUGUAUUUUCUUAUGAAGAAUGAGACCUGUCACUGCUUUGUGCAUUAGUUUGAAGCCAUUAAUUGACAUCUUUUGAAACAAACUUCAAUUUAGAAUUAUCAACAACACGUAUUUAAUAAGCUUUGUUGUUCACAGCUGUUGCCGAUGCUGUUAGAACCAGCCUUGGACCAAAAGGAAUGGAUAAAAUGGUAUGUAUAUUUAUAGACACUUAAAUUCUUUAAACUGUGAUUUGAAAAACCCUGUUGCAAAAUUUAAUGACACAAUAGCCAAUUCGGGGGGGAAAACCCCAUAGUUUAAGAUUUCGAACUCCAUUAUUUUGGCUUUACAUUUUUGUACCUCUUGCAAACACAAUUAAAAAGACACCAUAGUCAACAAAACCACUACAGCUUAAUGUUGUGAUUCUGGGGAAUAUUUACUGAACAAAAUUGUAAACAUGACACUUGUUUUUGCACCCAUUUUUCAUGAGCUGAACUCAAAGAUUUAAGACUCUUUCUGUGUACACAAAAGGCCUAUUUCUCUCAAAUAUUGUUCACAAAUCUGUCUAAAUCUGUGUUAUGCCUUGUUUCCUCUGAGCACUAUGGUGUGGCUUUGAAAGAGUUAGAAUGGUCCAGCCUAUUCAGGUGAGCGUUUCCACUACAAGCCGGACCAACAAGGGGUAUGCAGGGUUUAGACCAAAUGCCUAGAGUGUAAUUUGUCGUUAGCAUUGACGUUUUCCUGUCGCCAAUCAAUGGAUUGUAUAGUGUGACGCCAGUAGUCACAUUUGUCGUGAGCAUUGACGUUUUCCUGUCCGCCAAUCAAUGUAGCUCCACCCUAACCGUACCGUAGCAUUUCCUACGGACCUACAUCUGGAGGGGGCCCAGGAAUGGUGCGGUUGUAUGGGCCACUUUCAUAAUAGAAACACUCAAAAUAGCUUACCAGACCGAAACGUACCGCUCAGUGGAAACUGGGCAACAGUGAGCACUUCUCCUUUGCCGAGAUAAUCAAUCCACCUCACAGGUGUGGCAUAUCAAGAUGCUGAUUAGACAGCAUGAUUAUUGCAAAGGUGUGCUUUAGGCUGGCCACAAUAAAAGGCCACUCUAAAAUGUGCAGUUUUAUCACACAGCACAAUGCCACAGAUGGGAGCGUGCAAUAGGCAUGCUGACUGCAGGAAUGUCCACCAAAGCUGUUGCCUGUGAAUUGGAUGUGCAUUUCUCUACCAUAAGGCAUUUCAGAGAAUUUGGCAGUACAUCCAACUGGCCUCACAACCACAGCAGCCCAGGAUCUUCACCUUCAAGAUCGUCUGAGACCAGCCACCCACACAGCUGCUGCAACAAUUAGUUUGCAUAACCAAAGAAUUUCUGCACAAACUGUCAGAAACCGUCUCAGAAAAGCUUCAUCUGCAUGCUCGUCGUCCUCAUCGGGGUCUCGACCAGAUUGCAGUUUGUCGUAACCGACUUGAAGUGGGCAAAUGCUCACAUUUGAUGGCGUCUGGCACUUUGAAGAGGUGUUCUCUUCACUAAUGAAUCCUGGUUUUCACUGUACAGGGAAGAUGGCAGACAGCGUGUAUGGCGUUGUGUGGGUGAAUGGUUUGCUGAUGUCAACGUUGGGGAUCAAGUGGCCCAUGGUGGCAGUGGGGUUAUGGUAUGGGCAGGCGUAUGUUAUGGACUACGAACACGGGUGCGUUUCAUUGAUGGCGUUUUGAAUGCACAGAGAUACCGUCACGAGAUCCCGAGGCUCAUUGUUGUGCCAUUCAUCCACGACCAUCACCUCAUGUUGCAGCAUGAUAAUGCACGGCCCCAUGUUGCAAUGAUCUGUACACAAUUCCUGGAAGCUGAAAACAUCCCAGUUCUUACAUGGCCAGCAUACUCACCGGACAUGUCACCCAUUGAGCAUGUUUGAGAUGCUCUGGAUUGGCGUAUACGACAGCGUGUUCCAGGUCCUGCCAGUAUCCAGCAACUUCGAACAGUCAUUGAAGAGGAGUGAACCAACAUUCCACAGGCCACAAUCGACAACCUGAUCAACACUAUGCGAAGGACAUGUUGCACUGCGUGAAGCAAAUGGUGGUCACACCAGAUAUUGACUGGUUUUCGGACACCCCCAAUACAGUAAAACUGCACAUUUUAGAGUGGCAUUUUAUUGUGGCCAGCCUAAGGCACACCUGUGCAAUAAUCAUGCUGUCUAAUCAGCAUCUUGGUAUGCCACACCUGUGAGGUGGAUGGAAUAUCUCUGCAAAGGAGAUGUGCUUAGUAACACAGAUUUGUGAACAAUAUUUGAGAGAAAUAGGCCUUUUGUGUACAUAGAAAAAGUCUUAGAUCUUUGAGUUCAGCUCAUGAUUAGGGGCAAAAACAAGUGUUGCAUUUAUAAUUUUAAGUGUAGUAUGUCCCUGCAGAGUCAGUGUAAAUACUGCCUUGUUUUCAGAACACUUUGAUAGCCAAUAGAGGGACUUCCUGGGGUUGGUCCUGUAAUCUUUGAUGGACCACUGUUCAGUGCAUAGAGAUUCUGAAUGUUCCCCAUAGAUAUGCAUUGUUUGUAUCAAUACAUAGAACAAAAUGUUGUUUUCCUCUCAGCAUGACUUGACUUACUACUUAGUUGUUUUUAUAAAAUUAAAAAAUUGUUUCCUUGUUUCUCAAGAUUCAAGAUGGCAAAGGGGAUGUAACCAUUACAAAUGAUGGAGCAACAAUUUUGAAACAGAUGCAGGUCCUGCACCCUGCAGCUAAGAUGGUAAGUUAAUAUGCAAAAACAAUUUCUGAAAACCAAUAAUUAUAAAUUUGUGUUUAUCAUAUGAAUUUUAUGCAAUUUUCUGUGUGAAUUACUCAAAUGUAUUGCAUAUACCAAAACCUGUCCAUGCUAAAAAAAAAUUAUCUGUAAUUGAAAAAUGGUUGUCUAAAUGUUUUACUUCUGUAUUAAAAUAUAACCUCUGAUUAUUAUAUUUAAAAAAAUUUUAAUCUCAAGAGUUUAUGUGAAGUAAAUAUAACUGCGGCUGCGAACAUAUUUGUUCUUCGGGUAUUGCUUCUCACAUUGGUCUAUGGAAGGAACUCUGCAAGCACCAUAGCGUGCUGUAGUGGUUAUGGUGCCAGGAGCACCCUCCCAUAGUAAUUUUCCUAACCAUUUCAGGACAAUUUAACUUACUUUGGUAUCUCCGGAAACCGCAAACUACGUACUAGUAGUACUUGGUAUAAGUUGAGUGUCCGCUAUCAGUGGCUACCAGGCUAAAUCCUUCUCGCACUACAGAAAGCAGAGGUGCAGGGCACUAGAGCCUUAACCUUGGUGAUAAACCAUUGCAAAUCAGUUUUUCCCUGUUGUGAAGAUGGCGUCUGCACAUUCCUAACCCCCAUUACAAUUUAAAUGAAUUUAAUGGACCACACUACAAAUCUGAAAAGGAAACCAAUAUCUAGUUGACAUACACCCAAUAAAGAAAUGCGUGCUUUUUUAUUUAAUAUUUUGCUUAAUUUCAUCGGGGCUAUAGCUAAAUAAAUAAAUGAACAAAAGCUACAGUUCUUUUGACUGCAGCUUUUGCAAGCCCUCCCCUGCUUUCCCUUAACCCAGUCUGUACCAGGAAAAUUACCAGGUUCUCAGCCAUGUGCACCACGAGGAGUGACCAAGGAGGAAGCUGCUGCGAAGAGCAGGGAUGAUUGGGUACGUUGGAGUCCUGUAGACAAGUUCACAGGCACGCUGUCUCCUGUGGGUAAAGGCAGGUGGGCUCUAACAGAGCUUGUCUGGCACUUUAUGUUAACCUCACUGAGUAACAAACCUCCAUGACUGCCAGCCAGGGAGGUAUUUCAUAGAAACCGGCACUUUUACCAACUGUUAUUAAAAUGGGAUACUCCUCAAACGUUGCGUGCGGAUAAAGAAUAACAUUAGGAAAUGGGUCUCCCUCAGCCCUUCUAACUUCAUUAUUAUUAUUAUUAAUAAUAAUAAUAAUAAUAUUAUUAUUGGGGAUCUGAUGUGCUUACGCAAUGCACGUUUUUAACCUUCGCACAUGAAAGCCUUGAAUCAAUGCUUUCCUAAGGAGAAAUAGCUGACUCUGGAUGUCCUCAUGCAGAGCGUGAGGACGUCCAGCGUCGGCUACUGGUCCAAAAGUCUGUUGGUUGCCAGAAAGCCCCUCCAGUGGAAGUCUGGUAGACAGCUAGUGAAGGCAGACUUAGUGCUGCAAUGUAAACAUUGCAGUUUCUAUGUAAGAGCAAUGUUUUAUAUUUGAGUUAUUUGUCCAUUUAAUGCACCCUAGAUUGGUUAAUUUAAGUGUAAAAAAAUAAAUAAAAAAAUUUGAGUUUGCCAACAAUGCACAGGUGAUUAGUCUUAGAUUGUGUUUUAUAGCUUGUAUAUUAAUGGCACACUGCCAUUUAAAGCGGCACUGUCAUGCCGAACUUACCUUUCCUCAAUCUCUUCCUCUUCUCCCCCUCUCUCAGGAUCUGUUAUUCUUUUCUUCCUGUCUUCUUUAGUUUUCUUUAAAAUCAUAAGACAAAGUAGGGACUCUUUGCCUUAUGGGGGAUUCCUCUGCUUGACCAGCUCUGACCAGCGGAGGAGCAAAGUGUGCUUAAUUUCCGCUGGUCAGAGCAAUUUUCCCAUGAUCCCUAGCUUUCCUCAGUGUUCCCACAAUGCUUCCUGUCAUUUUACACAAAACUGCCGAAUUGCGUUCUAACUGAAUGACAACAGUCUGUUUGUUUCUUUUAGAAUGCAAUUCGGCACUUUAUUCGGAUCAGAAUUUCAUUCGAAUGAAUGAAACUCUGAUCCUAUUCUUGCUGUGGCUGCAUCUUGCAGCCGCUUAGUAGAUAACUCCCUAAUUCCCAUGGUAUCAGGGAGUUAUCUACUAAAAGGCUGAAAGACCUAAAUUGGUCUUUCAGCCAACUUUACUAAUACCAAGUAAAAAUUACUUAGUAUUAGUAAGUAAUAUGCCCCUACUCGCUAUACUGCGAGUAGGGGCAUGUCUGGUAAACAGUGAGCAGCCUACUGUCCUCUCCUGUAAAAUAAAAUUAAACUUACCAUUCGACGUCUUCUUUUUUCAGCCCCAAAAAAGGCCAAAUAAAAAAACCAUCAUAACCGUCAAAUUGAAAAUAAAAUAAAAAUCCCGAGCGGCAAAAAAAAAACCAGACGAAAAAAAAAACCCGAGCGCAAAAAAAUAAUCCAUCUUCACCCAUGGAGGGCUCCGCGCAGACUGAGCUCCGCAGAGCGAGGGAAGGCUUAUAAAGACUUGCCCCGCCCUGCAAUUAGGCUAAGAACACUCUGGUGGGUUUAAGCCAAUCAGAGUGUUCUUUGUCAUUUCACAGUGCUCUGUGUCAUUUUACACAGCGUGGGAAAAUUCAAAAGAACUUUCCCACGCUUUGUAAAAUGACACAGAGCACUGUGAUUGGAUGGCUUGAAAUCCAGUAGGUGUCCCCCCAUUCUCAUUAUGGCCCCCACCCGCCGCCCAGGGGUGGGGAGUACCCCCCUCAUUCUCACUGUUUAGGGGUGGGGGCCAAUAGUUGUUUUUUUUGUUUUGUUUUUACAGUGAGCAGCCACAGGCUGCUCACUGUUUAGUGGACAUGCCCCUACUCGCGGUAUAGCGAGUAGGGGCAUUUGGGAGAUUUUAUCUCCCUUGUGCUAUUAUGGGGGUCAUAUUGACCCCCAUAGAGUGAGAGGGGGACCUGGGGGGCUUAUGAAGUGGUGGGAGCACUGCUCCCUGCCGCUUCUAUAGUUACAUAUUACAAGGAGGGAGCUGCAUGCCGGUAGCUCCCUCCUUGUAAUAAACUGAACGAACAAACUAACACUGAUACAUAGUGUUAGUUUGUUCGGCUGAUCUUUCUAUUCACUCAUUCGUUUGUCUGAUGAAUGAAUAGAUGAAAUUCCCGUUCGCAUGUCCAGGUGUUUCACUGGGCAUGUGCGGGAAUCUCACAAUCUGUCUAGUGUGGGCAGAUGACGUGUCCCUGAGGGACUUCACCUACCCACACAAAGAUGGCUGCGCCCUGAAUAUAGAUCGGGGCAGAAAAUAAGGAUUCAAAAAUAGGUAAUGCUGGGGGCUUAGGGGCAUUUGGGGGUGACUAGUGAGUCAAUUGGAUGUAGUGGAGACGGGAGAGGGGUUAAAAAAAAAAAACAGAAUUCGGUAUGACAGUGCCGCUUUAAACCACGCAUGCUGUCACCCAUGUCCUGUGCAUGUGAUUAUGAUGAAGCAUUAAUUCUUUGUUUUUGUGUGUUUUCAGUUGGUUGAAUUGUCAAAAGCUCAAGACAUUGAAGCUGGAGAUGGCACCACAUCUGUUGUGGUCAUUGCUGGAGCUCUUCUAGAUUGUUGUGCCAAUAUGUUACAAAAAGGUACUUUUGCCUGAUUGACAGAAAAUACUACUGAUAUUGGGCUAUUUCUUCAUCCAACACUGAUGUGCAUGUAUCCACCCUACCACCAAAUGACUUGCAUGGCUGUGUGGUCGGAAUUGUAAUGUAGAUAUGACCAGUGCAACUGCGUCCAGAGGCUAUGUUUCUAUACUUUUAUCUCUCUGGCAGUGGCAUUUGUGGAAAAUAUGACUCUCCAUAGUAAUUUCACUUUAUCCUAAAAGUUUUAAUUUCAAGUAAUUUUAUUGCAUGAUGUAGUUGGACAUGCAGACUGCUGUUACAUAUUCAUAGAUUUCGGAUGUAUUUGAUCAGUUUUGCUGCAAAAGCAGUUGUGAUGAUGUGUAGCGUUGGGGUUGUAACUUGAAUUUUAUAGAGUGAUCAUGUAUUUUGCAUUACUUAUUUUUUCUUUAAAAUGUUCUGUAUAUUGCAAUAUUUACUGUGCUGUAAAAUAUGCUGGUGCCUUAAUAAGUUGUCUUCCUAUUUCAUAGGUAUACACCCCACAACCAUUUCAGAGUCCUUUCAGUUGGCUGUGUUGAAAGGAAUAGAAGUUCUAAGCAAUAUGGCUACUCCUGUGGAAUUAAGUGACAGACAAACAUUACUGAACAGUGCUUCAACUUCAUUGAACUCCAAGGUACAUAAUGCACAUGUGUAUACCUCAGUGUCCUAUUCAUGUUUCAAAUAGGAACUGAAUUCAAGUUAACUUAGGCAUGUACUUAUCAGAGGUGCAAACAAUUUACAAUGGGAAAGCAUUGGAUUGGCUGAGAUAGUAAAUUCUAAGCAAUCAGCAUCUCCUCAUAGAUAUUCAUUGUAACAAUGCACUUCUAUGAGGAAAGUUCAGCAUCUGCAUGCAAAGCUUAGAGACGCUGGACGUCCAUGAUGCACAGUGUGCAGCACUGUCCCAGGAAGUAAUUUUAGUGACUGCCACUGGAGGUGUCCCUAGGCAGCAUUGUAAACACUGCCUUUUCUCUGAAAGUUACAUUAUAUGGUCAUACAUUGCACAAAUCUGCCACUUAAUACAGAGCAACCCAUUUUUACACAUCCUACUUUAUACAAAACUAACAACUGCUCUAAUGAGCUUAAAUCUUACCUGAGGCAUCCAUACCACCUGGCGCUCUGUGCAGCUCAAUGUUUAAAUACGACUUGCAUGGCUUAUGGAGUUCAGUAAAUGACAGAGUUAACUAAUGCUUUCUGCCAACAAAUUUUAUCCUGAUAUGGUCAGAAUUUAUAUCAAUUGUGGAAGUGAAACUUUUGUUUUUAGAUGUUUCAGAAAAGGGCUUGCCCAGGAGACUUGGAUUAGUGUUGUACUGUUCAUAGACCGUAAUAUGGAACCAGACAGCUCCUGGCACGGUACACACUACAGCGGACAUGGUGUCUAUUCUGAAAUUUUAACAAUAUUACCAUAAUGCUUCUUAGGUUUUUGCUAUGCAUGCAUCACACGGUUCCCAUAAUUAUUCUGUGUGUAGUUACCAUUCUUAGUACAAUUCUGUAUUUUCUGGUCAACAAUGAUCACAUGCAUACCUCUGACUUAUUUUCCAGGUUGUGUCUCAGUAUUCCAGUUUGCUUGCACCAAUGAGUGUAGAUGCUGUGCUGAAGGUUAUUGAUCCUUUGACUGCUACUAGUGUUGAUCUAAGAGACAUAAAAAUUGUGAAGAAACUUGGGUGAGUGUUGGAAUUUUUCCAUAGUGUUGCUUUCCCAUUCUGUGUCCACAGCUUGAUUAGUAGCUCGUAAGUUAAUAUUUAAUGUUCUAUAGACCGUAAAUUAAUAGCAAUUGGGAGGGAAAAAAUAAACAAUAUCAGAUUGAAUGUAUUUUAGGUUUUGCAGAUAAUAUAUUAGUGAAUUUCAAGGUUUUGAACUGUUAUUAAAUGUUUCAUCUUUUUCUAGUGGUACCAUUGAUGAUUGUGAAUUGGUUGAAGGCCUUGUGCUUACACAGAAAGCUGCAAAUACUGGUGUAACCCGUGUGGAAAAAGCAAAGAUUGGUCUCAUUCAGUUUUGCUUAUCUGCACCAAAAACAGAUGUAAGUACCAUGAAGGUUUUGUGGGCAUUUUUUCUUUAAAGGAACACUACAGUAUCAGGAAUACAAACAUGUAUUCCUGACACUAUAGUUGUAAUAACACUAUUUAGGUCCUUGGACCCUAUCUCAUGCCUUUUUUAAAAGGUGAGUUUGCUUACCAUUUUUCCAGCUCUGGUUUUGUCACACGUGGCUCUUCUUCCUUGGCUGAGAUGAUCUCAGCCAAUCCAAUGCUUUCCCUUAGGAAGGCACUGGGAGGCUAUUGUGUAUGUGCAGCAAAACACUGUUCUGCACUAAUCAUCUCAUACAGAUGCAUUAAAUCAAUGCAUCUCUAUAGGGAGCGUUUAGCAUCAUACUGUUCAGCAUUGACCCAGGAAGCAACUCUAGUGGCCAUCUGAGUGCCACUAGAGGUGUUCCUAGGCAGUAAUGUAAGCACUGCCUUUGCUCUGAAAUUGCAGUUUUUACAUUAAAAGGCCUGCAGGGACUGGCCGUAGACUAAAUGAAAACCAUGAGGCCUCCGGUAAAGCAAUGAUCUGACUUUGCGCUUCAUGUUAAUGACCUACAACUCCAAUUCUCUGAAUGACAAAAAUGGCUAGAAAGUUGUAGCAACAUCUAAAGAACCAGAGUUUGAGACAUCUGUUGUAAAGAGUAAUAGGACUUGCUUGAUGUCCCAGCACAAUAAAAAUAAAGUUAUGUAAUGCAGCACAAUCUACAUGAACUAAAUGUUUUCUUUCUGAACCGGAUUUCUUCACACACAUGUGGAUAAGUCCUCUUAUUUAAUCAGUUUUAGUUGGAUAGUACUCUUGACAUCGUUUUGUAAGACAGGUUUAGUUUGAAUUCUUAAUAACUGCAUUUUAUUUUAAAGAUGGGUUCUAAGAAAUUAUGGACACAGUUCCUGUUUAUUUUAAGUGCAUGAUAUUGCAUGUGUAGUUAAUAAAAUAUCGGUAUCAUUACAGAUGGACAACCAAAUUGUGGUUUCAGACUACGCACAGAUGGACAGAGUUUUGCGGGAAGAGAGGACCUACAUCCUCAACCUUAUAAAACAGAUUAAGAAAUCUGGAUGCAAUGUUCUACUCAUUCAGAAGUCCAUUUUAAGGUAUGUUAACAUAAUAUAACAAGUAUGGUAUUUAAGAUGGUUAAAAGGUGUGCGUGUGUGUGAGAGAUAUAUAUAUAUUCUCACAAAUAAUGUAACUGUUACUUUCUUCCACUUUAUUCCCCUUUCUCUGUUUCCACCUUAUGUCUUCCUUUAAAUACUACCCCUUUCUCCCCCUUCUGGCAUCUCCACAUCCCCUUACCCAUAUUUUUCUCUUCCCACAUACUCUCUUUGUUCACCUUUCCAUCUUCUUUCAAAUUCCUAUGUGCAAUGCUAUUUGAAAUGUUCUUUUUUUUUUUUACAUGUAGAAUUAGUCAAUUAAUAAAAUUAACAUUAUCUCUAUUAAUUAAGUGUUCUUGCAUAGCAAGACCACUUAUUGUUAUCUCACAUAUAUAUUAUUCUUAUUAUAGCCAAAUUUGCCACCCUAACUCCUCCCACAGUUUUUACACUACAUAGACAAAAAUUUACCAAAACGUGCAGAUUGUUCCCGAUCGGAUUGCUAUUAUUUUGUGGAACGUUUCGCCGAAUGGUUCAUGGAAUAUCGUCGUUCUUGUGGCGCAAUUUGUCCCAUAGGAAUGGCUGGCAAAAGCUGAAAAAUCAGGACAUGAUUUCUAAACUGCCACCACUUCCUUAUUUUCAGGCCCACCUACACAAAUCUUAUAUCAAAACGUUCAGCUAUCCCUGCUGCCACUAAACAUGUCAACGGCUAAGCCGUAGUCCUGAUAGUUUUCACAAUAUAAUCAUUUGUUUGCAACUAACGCCGUCCAUUGACUUUCAUUGAAACUUCACUCUACAAAGCUCAAAUUUGAGGUGCAAUUUCUAAGCUGCGACUGUGCCUUCAUUUUUAAUACUUAAGAGACAUACUAUGCAUCAAAAUGUAGGUCUGGGUCUUGUGAUUCUCACAAUAUAAAGCUCUUCGCUGCAGCGGCAAGUGAUGUCAUAGACAGGGCCUUUUGAACACCUGCUAAUGUUUUUAUAAAUGUAUGGUUUAAUGUAACUGUGCAACAACGUUGCAAUUAAAUGUGCUAUAUAAAUAAGUUACUCCGCCCACUCCAGUUGUAGACUACUGGUGGAGGCAAGAACACUUCACACAAUUUCCCCAGAAAUUGUAGCUUUUCUAGUUAUAAUUAAAACAUCAAUGAACCAUCCAGGUUCCUAAUUGUAAAUUGGGAAGCUAAGCAUAAGCUUGUCAUGUACCCCAGUCCAUUCCGUUCGCAGAAGAGAUUCACUUGCCCAAUUUAGUCCAAAAGGAAAGAAAUAUAGUUCAUGGCGGCAGGGCUCAGAAAGAUUGCAUCCCUUCGUAGUGUGAUGUUCACUGGAGUUUUAACAUUUAUUAACUAUUUUAGUUUCAGAUGUGAGCAAUGCCUUAAUGCUUUAAAUUUUUGCUUGUUUACUAGGGAUGCUCUCAGUGACCUUGCUUUACAUUUUUUGAAUAAAAUGAAAAUAAUGGUUGUUAAAGACAUUGAAAGAGAAGACAUUGAGUUUGUAUGCAAGGUAAGAUCAUUUUUAUAAAAUGGUGUGAUUUAUUUAUUUUUUGGUACUUGUAUGUUGCUGGGGUAGGAUUCAAUUUUACUCUAGGAUAGGUUGGUGGGAUUCCAUACAUUAGUUGCAAUCGUUUCACACCUUUUUAUGGGAGGGGAAAGACACUAACUUACAAUUCAUUGUGCAUUUAUAAUUUUUAUUUAUUUUGCAUAAAAUGUGCAAUAUAUUUUAAAUGGGCAUUCUAAGCACUAGAACCAAUACAGCUUAAUGUAAUGGUGUAGAGAGAGACUGUCCUUGCAGUCUCUCAACAAUAAAACUGACGUUUCUAUUAAAAUGCUUCUUCAAAGAAAUGCUCAUGGCUAUAUAUUCAAAGAAUAUUAUACCAGGGAAACCGCAGAUUCCCUUUAACGUACUAGGUCCACCGGUGCUUCAUCUAAACUUUAACAUGAUCUGCCUUCGGCUGGUAUGUCCCUGGCUUCUGACCUCCUUUCUAUGACAGGCGGUGCUUGACCACCAAGAUGGCCAGCCGCACUUUUGAGAAGCUCCUGCUAAUCUGAGCUUACAAGCUUGAUUAAACUGGCCUGAAAUUCUCCCUCAAACGAUCCUGAGUUAGUUCGUCAGACUUAGCCAGUUUGGUACUGCAUGACUCUAGCUUGUAUUUUGCCCAUCCAGUCCUGAGGCCGACAACCCAUUGCCAGGGAGAGGCGACAGAUUUCCCGGCUGUGGUCGUUGAACUGCAACUUUCACUAAGCCUGGAUACUCGGAGUGGAUGGAGUCCUUUUGAAGCAAAACUCAAUGGGAUGUGCCAAGUUUUCUGGCAACGUCUAAGCAGCUGACUUCAUGACCCUAUCCUGUAAACACCACGAUUGCCAUGGCUAAUUCGUGGCACAGGCUGAACGAGUAAUACAGAACUGACAAUUCUUUUUUUUUUUUUUUUCAAGCGACAGGGUCUUGGUUUCACUGGUUUAUUAUUUUUAUUAUUUUCCUGUUGAUAGUGCCCAUGGUCUCUCUAGCAUUACUGUUUCUUCUACCUAAAACAGAGCUGUUCAUACUGUCGUGACAAUGUGUAAUCUGCAAAGUAUGAGGAGUAAGCAUGUGCCUGCUGUUGUGCCAACACAAGCAUUUUUGUAACUCCAAGCUCUGACAAAUAAUGUAAUGUAAAAAAAAAAAAAAAAAUUUCCUCCCUUCUGCAUUUGAACACAAAGUACAUAUAUAAAAAUGACACUUUGUUUUGGUAACACAUUAUUGUCUUGCAUAUUUUCUUAAUGAGUUAUGGUUGGUUUUUUUUGGUUUUUUUUUUUUACUUUUUUCUUUCCCUAGACCAUAGGAACUAAGCCAGUUGCGCAUAUAGACCAAUUCACAGCAGAUAUGUUGGCGACUGCUGAGCUAGCAGAGGAAGUGAGUUUGAAUGGUUCUGGCAAACUGGUAAAGGUGAGUACAUUUCUGUUAAAGUUUACUGUAGAGCGUAUAGCAUUUUAAAGUAUUGAAUUGUGCAUUAAAUGGUAAAACUGCAAAUGUGGCUUCAUAAGUGUGCCGGUUUGGUUGCGUUCGUACUCUUGGUGUUACCUGUUAUGUCUUUUUUAAUACUAAAGGAAAGCUGUUUAUUUCCAAGUAAGCGUUCAGGAAAAAUUAUUUUAUUUAUUUUUACAAAAUUGAUAAAGUGAAAAAAAUAACCUUUACUUGUUCUAAAGAUACCUAGUUCACGGUCAAAUUUUUUCCAUUAUAGAUAACUGGUUGUGCAAACCCAGGGAAAACUGUUACUAUUGUCGUUCGUGGAUCCAACAAAUUGGUUAUCGAAGAAGCUGAGAGAUCCAUCCAUGAUGCACUUUGUGUGAUACGCUGCUUGGUAAAGAAAAGGUAUAUUGGUUUAUAUACUUGCAUAAUUUAAAGUGAACUACUUCUAGCCUUCCUUGACCCCUUACUACUCCUGGCAGUAAAGGUUGGAGAGUACAAGGGAUAGGGGAAGAGGAAGCCAGAAAACCUAGAAUUGUUUAAAAAAAAAAAAAAAAUGCAAUUGUUUAUAUCUAGUGAUGUCCCGAACGGUUCGCGAACGGUUCGCCGUGGACUCAUCAUUGAGUAAACUUUGACCCUGUACCUCACAGUCAGCAGACACAUUCCAGCCAAUCAGCAGCAGACCCUCCCUCCCACCUCCUGGACAGCUCACUAAGCAUGCAGCUUCACAAUGAAUGUAAAAUGGAUGCUGUCCAGGAGGUGGGAGGGAGGGUCUGCUGCUGAUUGGCUGGAAUGUGUCUGCUGACUGAGGUACAGGGUCAAAGUUUACUCAAUGAUGAGUCCGUGGCGAACCGUUAGGGACAUCACUAUUUAUAUCGUUACAAUUGUACAGAAGGUAUAAAAAUGGUGAAUGGUUUGAACGAGUGUAUUUUUUAGGUUCCACACGAUAUUUGAUACUUGGAUGUAGAUUUCAUGAACAAGUUUUGGAAUCAGAGGCUCAGUUCCUAUGCUGAACCCACUGGGUGUGCCUAUCUCCAUAAUGUUUGAAUUAUUCUGAUGUAGAAGUAAUGUAGUGAAUGAAGUGUUUGGAAGAAAAUCCAACCCUAUAAACUCAAUGGUAACGGUUGAUUUUUGUAACCGAAUUGAAGUGUCUAAGGUGUGAGUUUUAAAUACUUUGUAACCGUAUUUGUUAAACUUUGCAAUGGACAUACUUAAAUUCCUGUAAGCUGUUAUGAUUAUGCAUUUUGUUUUAGUGCUAAACAAAAGUUCCAGCAGCUUCUGUGCCUAAUGAGGAAGUAUUGUGAUUGGCUGAUAGUGUCAACUGACUGCUAUAUAUGACAAAUUGGUUUAUAAAUAGCAUGCCUAUCCUCAAUUAAAAAUUGGACCUGAAAUAAGACUACAAUUAUACCUGUGAGUCACUGACAAUCUGUGGGUCAAGAAUGAAAAAUAAAAUAAAAAUUAGAUAGUUUAGUGUUGCCCAUGAUGAUGACUUGUUCACUCUUGUUUUAGAGCGUUAAUUGCUGGAGGAGGAGCCCCUGAGAUUGAAUUAGCCUUGCGUUUGAACGAAUAUUCUCGUACACUAAGUGGCAUGGAGGCCUACUGCAUUCGGGCCUUUGCAGAUGCCAUGGAAGUUAUUCCAUCAACGUUGGCUGAAAAUGCAGGCCUUAACCCAAUAUCAACUGUAACAGAACUGCGGAACAGGCAUGCGCAGGGGGAGAAAACUGCUGGUAUUAACAUCAGAAAGGUAACUUCAUCUGCUUCUUACUGAUAUGUGCUGAAUGGUUUGUGGUUUUUUUUUUUUUGUUUUUUUUUUAAGGUAGUGGUCAGUAAAAAUGUUUGGAGGUUAACCAUUGCAUGUCUUACAAUUCUUUGAAAAUCUGUGGCUUGGUAUCCUGACCGUUGCGGUGACUGGGUAGUGUUUAUGUUGCUUAGAGAGGGUUUCUUUAAAUAAUUGUUCAACAUUUUCGGUUCAAGGAAUUUGGAAAAUAUGUAUAAAAUUCUACAUCAAGUUUAAUAAAAGUAAUUGAAUAACUUUCUUUUCUCACUUUAGGGUGGAAUUUCUAACAUUUUGGAUGAGCUUGUUGUUCAGCCCCUGUUGGUGUCUAUCAGCAGCCUGACCUUGGCUACAGAGACUGUGCGCAGUAUUCUGAAAAUAGAUGAUGUGGUCAGUAUUUAAUUUGUUUUACUCUCUGUGCUGAAUGAUUUGCAAUUCCCAGAACCAGUUUAAAUGGGGGCUCUAAUUCGUAUUCCUUCCAUCCAGUGUCCUACAUACAACAUAUCUCCUUACUAUCCAUUCUGAAUUUUUGAAAAUAUUGCAGGGGGGCAAUUCAUAACUGCUUCAAUUAGAAUGGAGGACUGUAUCAAAUCACUUUAUCGAACAGAAUAUUUUAGAUUUAUUAUAAUCUCCCCUAAUGUGUUUAACUCCUUAAGGACACAUGACAUGUGUGACAUGUCAUGAUUCCCUUUUAUUCCAGAAGUUUGGUCCUUAAGGGGUUAAAAUGGUUCAUAUAUUGGGUAUAAAUUUAUAUUUUGCAAGUUAAUAAAAUGAAAAACCAAUGGAACACUUCCUGGAAUUUGUAAAAUUGUAACUGCUAACUGGAUUGACACACUAUUAAAAUUGUAACUCCUAACUGACUGAAACAAUAGUCAAGCUUUAUGAUAAAAAGUAUUUACUGGCAAAAAAGAAAGCCUAACCCCCUUUUCCACGGAGGAAUUUCACUUCCUCAUCUACUGGGACAGGAUGAAGCAAUAGGCUGUGUCUGGUGGGCUAUAGCAAGUUUCAACUACACUUAAUUUUUUUUUCUGUGAUGCAGAAUUACCAUUUACAUUUGUAGGCAAAGGCGAUGCUAUGGCACAAAAGCUUAUGCUGUGAUUUGGUUAGGAUGGAUUCUGCUGUAGAUCAGUUCUUGCAUCCUGUGAUUGCUUGGCACAAGCACAUAAAUUUGCUUAAAUGUUGACAUCUGAUGCAUAGGGGUAUGGCCAUGGGUGUCAGAGAAUCUUAUUUUGAUCAAAUACCUGAAAAUAGCUUGUCAAAACCUGUAGGACAGUACCCAUAGACUUGCAUCCUAACCUCAUGAUAAACAGUUCUGGGUAUGUUAUUUGAUGUCCGUUUUAAUACAAGUCUGUGAGGGGAAUUACUCUCACUGCACGUUGUAAAAAUGUAUGUGGAAUUGUUGUAAAGGAGAAAAAAAAUAACACUUCUUUUUCUUUCUACAGGUAAACACGCGAUAAGCUGUGGCUAAAUGGCAUUCUGAUAUUUGAAUUUAUGAGCCGUGUCAUUCUGUUCAUGUCUUUGCUGGCUGUUAAUGUUUAUAUAAUUGUCAGCACUUAAUUUAAUAAAAUUUUUGCCUGAUUAUUGCCUCCUUUGUUGUCUUUGCUUUCCCUUUGUGUCUCCCGUCCUGUGUUUAUCUUGGGGAUGAG